UCUCCUCCACACCAAACUUUUUUUUUUCUCUCUCUCUCUCUCUCUUUCUCCUCAUAAGAACAAGAACACAAGACAAGAUUCAGAAAAUGGAUGUUUCAACGACAAAGCCUUAUUUCAUAGAAGAAGAAGACGAUGGAUUGGUUUCUCUAUCUGAGAUGGAAGCUGGAGUUUCAAGUCCUUGUUACAACUAUCCUCAGAGUUAUUAUUACCAUCAUCAUCAGUACUCUGUGUCAUCUCCCAGAUCUGGAAAAUUCCAUGAUUUUAGAUUCGACAAUAGCUAUUACGGACAGCCACUUCCUCAUUUCUUGGACUCUUGUUUCCUCUGCAAGAAACGUCUUGGUGAUAACAGAGACAUCUUCAUGUACAGAGGAGACACACCGUUCUGUAGUGAAGAGUGUAGAGAAGAACAGAUAGAGAGAGACGAAGCAAAAGAGAAGAAACAGAGUCUGUCUUCAUCUGUGAAAGCUAUGAGAAGAAAUGAAAAGCGAAGCUCUUCUUCUUCUCCAACUAGAUCUCGUGAUUAUGCUUUCCACACUGGAACUGUUGCUGCUGCCUAAUUUAAAGUUGAAGAAAAAAAAAAAAAAAAAAGGAGAUAGAGAAUCCAUUAACGCUCGUUGUUGUGAAAGCUGCUGGUUAAUGGUUUUAUGGGUUUUUUUUUCAUCUAAAGAAAGAUCUUUAGUUUGA